GCAAAGAGCAUAUAAUCACUAUUCUAGCGUUGCGACCGUUGAUUGAUUUCACUUUUAGUUGGUUUAAUAAACGUUAAAACGCAUAAAAUACUACGAUUUAUGAAACUAGUGGUGUCUAAAUUGAUCGGCAAUAUUUGGCGAUAAAACUAACGGUUUGGAUGCUAUAAUACUUUAACAUUCGUCAAAAUAACCUAGUAAGGGUGCCGGUAUGGAGUCUAAAAGUGAAAUAUUUUCCAAAAGACUCGUAACUGCAGUGCUAUGGAAUCUCGGACUUCAAAUAUUUCUCGCUGUUGUGUUGGUGUUUUUUAUACAGGUGGACAUACUACAUCCACUAACAUGGUUCGCAUCGACCCUUAAUGAUAUAUUUGGAUGGAAAAUGAGCCUGAAUAUUGUGCUGCUGGGAUUGGUUUCGUUUUUUCAAGCAUACAUUUAUGGGAGCUACUACAUGGUUCCUUUGCCUAAGUACUUCACCAGGUUUUCUAUGUUUUUGAAUUUAUUCACAACCCAAAAUGUUAUAUUCAGCAUUUUGUAUGCAUUAAGUGGUUACUUUACAAUGAGCCUGUAUUCGUCUCUUGCUAAAAGCAACUUUAAUGUGCUUAAAAAGAAAUGUGAAAAUUAUGAUGGCCAAUGUCUCAUGGAGCAAAGUCUCUUUUUACAAUUUGGUGGGAUGUGGAUGGGUCUCUAUUAUUUUUUAAAUGCACAUAUUUUUAGUACACCCAUGCUAAUGUUUCCACAUGUGUAUCAAAAUAAAUUCCAACAGUUGAAACAAGCUAUCGGAAGAAUAUUGUCUAUGGGAUUUAAGAAUUCUGUAAUGCCUGUUGUGUAUUUCUGCUUAUGUUACUACUUGUGGGGCCACAAGCCCAGAAGUGUUGUUUCUGAAGUCUACAGCUUGUACCUGGAAGAUGCUCCAUUGGACAAUAUAUUAAACUUGAUAAGAUCUGGCAUUUGGAUUGGACUCUGGUUCUACACCAGUUUGUUUUUCAUCUCAGUGUAUACCAUGAGAACAAUCUUUAACAUAGUGUUGACAGAACCAAUGAAGUUUCAAAUUGAAUCAGAAACUGGUCUUACCCUGUAUGCUGCAUUAGCUCAGAGAACACAAUUUACUGGAUAUUUAGGGGCUCAAGACUUGAAGAUAGUGUCUCAGAUGGACUCUACAAGAAGAAUGCAGAUCUUUAUACUGUCACAGCCAGGAGGUCACCCAAGAAAUUGGAAUCACAUCUUAGAUUCUUGUUUAAACAUAAUCAAUAGCUAUACAAAAGAAUUGGAAAACAUUAAUAGUGAUGCGAAACCAAUUGAGGUUGGCAACUCACAAAAGAACAUGAACAUCACACCCCCUUCAGGGCCACUUUAUUCUACAAAUUUAAGAAACUUGGCACAAACUCCUGAUAUGCCAAAAGAUUAUAAUUAUAAUCUUAAUAAAAAUAGAAUUAAUGAGAUGACAUUUGCAAAAGCUCUUAAAGAGGAAUUCAAUGGUUUGCUACAGAGGAUAUGCCAGAAGCCAGGCAUCAGUUACUUCUUUGGGGAGCUGACAGACACCAAACUCAAAUUCUUGCUAAUGCAGGCUCAGCCAGUGAUGUGGACAUGCGAGGGGCUGGCAUUCAUUGUGGCCGCAUCCUUAAAGGAAGAUAAGUAUGGUGUGGUACAGAAUGACUUGCCAGUUGUGAUUUCAGCAUUAAUAAACCUCAAGAGCAAUUUAGACAAGUUAACUAAGCUAGGACUGGUGCCAAAGAAACACAUUCUGAACGAUGUGUUUGCUAUCAAAAUGAAGUCUGCUCUCAUGACUUCAGUUAAAAGGAGUAUAUAUAAAAUAGUUAUCACUUUUUCAAAGUAUUUCCAUGAGAUACCCAUGGAUCCUGAUGUACAAAUUGCUGUUCAACCAUUCUUAUUGUGUAAAGAACCCUGACUGUUGUAGAAUAUUUUACCUUAUCACUGUUUAUAACUAAUUAUAUCACCUAAGUUUAGAAUUUGUUUUAGUUAAGUCUGUGCCAGUCUGUGGUGAUUUAGAUGGCUUAUACUUUCCAUGAAAUACUUUUGUAUGGUACAAACUAUUUAAGACAUUAAGAAUUAAUUCAAUCAUAAAGUGGCCAUGUAAUAUUGUGGAUAGGCAUACAAGCCUCAGAAAUACUGUCUAGCAAGAGUGUCAUGCAGAUAGUUGAUUUCAGGCGGGGCGAGGGGGGGACAUUUAGGUACAAUUUUCAAUCUCUGUUGGUCAACUGCACUCCCUGCAACCUUCAAGUAACAAAUAGUUUCAAGAUGUAAAUAAAAAAAAUAUUGCUUUAUGAACAUAUUUUUUAUUAAAACUUCUACAACAUCAAUAAACAACGUAUAGUUAUUAUCAAACAUAAUAUAACUGCACCAUCUAUUAUUUCGCUCAGGUAGUUAAAAGUUAGAUGUUUUUUUAUAUGUUGGUACUUAUAACAGUUGUUUUUUUACUUUGAUCACAGACUUGUCACUCAGUCAAUGAAACUCAUGUGUCACUUAAUUUAGGUAUCAUCAAAAGAAAAGUUAUAAGAUUCAAACAAUUUUCAUUUUUUUAUGAUAUUGAUGGAUUUCUAGUUUAAUUUGCUGUUGAUAAGGCUAAUAUUCUUAUCAGUAUAUUUAACUAUGAUUUAACUAGUUCACAUUUGGUAUUGCUUUAAUUCAUCUUUGGAUAAGACAACUUCCUUGAGAAUAUUAAUUUAUAAUACAAAUGUGUUUGAUGUAAGGUUAGCAUGAAUAAUUAAAUUAUUAAACAAA